UGAAACUUCCUCCUCCUCUUGGAUUUUCGUCGUCACGAUCGGGGUCUUCGUUCUUGUCUUUCUUUUCUGCUCCGUGAUAUUUUUCUUCACCAUCAUGGUAUCAGAUGAUCAGGAAACGACAAUCUUCGAAGGCCGUAACUCAAGCGGUGGCCACAAAGACAACGGAGCUGUGGCGAGGCCGCUUACCCGUGCAUCGCGUAGGACUACUAGGGCUACGCCAGUUCCAGUGGCGUUACAGGCACCUGCAGACACAUUGGUCUGCACCGUCUCGAACAUGCUACGUCCCGAAGCGUCAGCGCUGCCGCCUGACGGCCUCUGCGACGUUUUGUUCUACGAGUCUUUCUACAAGGACGACAUGAACAUCCUGGGCGAUGGCUACGCCAAUCUAGAACCGAGCGCACGGCACUUCGUAGACCAGGCUUAUCACGCUCAGAAGACCCUGUAUGGUGCCUCUUUCGCGUUCACGAGAACGUACUCAACGCCAGACUUAUUGAUGACACGGGAGUUCUACGAAGCAAUCGAUGAUUUUUGGGUUCGCAAGAUCCACCACUUCGGAUUCCUGAACUUGUACCGCAAGUUAUCUGCUCCGGAAGGGGUGAAGGAUGCCCUGUUGGCACUCAAAUGUACGGCGCUGCCCCGAGAGGUGACGCGCCACUCGCCGGCUUCAACGAUCCCAUCGAGGCAUCAGCCCCAUGAUCGCAUCCACCUUCAUGGCACGUCGCGGCCCGGCUGUCCGUGCCGAUCACGAGGAACUGCACUCUCACAACAAGCUCUUCGAGCGACAAAGGACAUUUUCGUACCAAAUCCUGGGAUUGUAUAUAGACUCCUUCAACUUUCCAACCGUGGUCGACGACACGGCGCUUUUUAUAAGCGAGAAAACAUGGAGCGGCUCCGAAGCAUAGCCAAGCUGAUCCCAGGCUUAUCUUUAUCCCUCUCGGUUGGACUCAGUGGGCGCUACUACAAUCCGUCAGCACGGUCGUCAGCGGUCGCCUCGACAGGAGAUUACGGGCUCUUCGCAAAUUGCAGUGACUUCUCCGGUCCCUUUUACGAUGAUCCAGCAAACGUCUGCCCAAGUGUCGGCGGAGGGGAUUGGGAAUUUGUCGGCGACCUCUUCUAUCUGUUCGCGGCUGUGUACAGUAGGACACUGCACAGAACGCUGACCUACGACACGGCGUACUUGAUCCAACACAAGGUGUGUCAUUCCAAAACCAAUUUCACAGACGUUCACUUCCGCCUGGCCGCCUACGACGUCGAUUUUGACUCGUCGCCUGAAGCCUGCGAAGAGAUGGGCUUAGGCGCAGGCGCUUUCAGGCGCCUCUCUACCAUUCGCCCGUUGAGUAACUACCUUCUGAGCCGAUACGAAAGCACCGACAUGUGCGUGGUCAUGAACUUUCCCGCAAGUCGAGCAGUGUGAUAGCUCACACGGGCUGAAGAAUAAAAGGA